AGCACGUGUUUGUUUACGAUUCGGUUGUCAGAAUUUGAAAUUUCUGCUGAAUUGCUGAACAUUCUGCUGAAUUGCAAGGAUUGGUUGAACUCCAGUAAACAAGUUUCUCCAGGAUUAAAUGGACGAAGGAAGUGGAUUGGUGCUUUGUUCAGGCACGGUUUUCCAACGCGAAAAUUUGCUAUGGCGGUAGUAACUGUGGACGGAGCCGAACUACAUCCGGCUAUGUGUCGAUUGUGUCUGCAGUCCGGUCCCGAAACAUCGACCGUGUCGAUUUUUAGCGUUGCAAAUGGGUUUGUCGUGGCACAGAUGGCACAGGAUUGUUUGGGAAUCGAGAUCGUAAAGGAUGGAUCGGCUUACGAGAACGUCUGCUCACCCUGCAUCGUAUCGUUGGUCUCGAUGUACGAACUGUACCUGAAGUAUCAUGAGUGCAACCGUGUGUUUCUGCAACUGCUCCAGGCGUCGCUAGAACAUGCGGUGUGUAGUCCAGUAGAUUUGCAGUUGGAGGAUCUCAUCGAGGAAGACUACAGUAUUGAUGAAGAGAGUGUCGAGAUUGUUAGCGUAGAUGAACCAGAUGCAGAUAGCAAUGCUAGCGUGGGCCAAGUAUUUGAGGAUUCCGUUUACUACAUGCAAGAUUUCGGAGUGUACGUACGCUCUGCGGGUGAGAUCGAUGGAUUACCGAAUGGUCCGUCCGUAGAGGAAACGGAGUGGGCUGCUCCCGUGCAGCAGGUCACAGGAACACUGAUGGAUGAGCUGAAUGCACAAGUUGCUCGAUUGGACGGUCAGGAAAUGGCAAACACAAGUCCGACACAGGAGAUCAUCUCAUCUCAUCCGGCUUUGAAUGAUAAACCGGUGGUAACCGUAGUAACGGCAGAAACGUUUUGUGGAUUGCAACCGCAGCCUCCAAGAGUGCACCAAGAUCAGGAAAGGGAUCAAACAUUUCAGGAACCGAAGCAUCACUGUUUCAUUUGCGAAACGAGCUUCCAGAACGACAUUGAACUCGUCAAUCACUUUCCAGCACAUUUUUUAGACGUCCCACAAGAUUGCAACCUUUGUGGAACUCACUAUCGCACCGUCAUGAAUCUCAAUCGUCAUCUUGCCUAUCAUCAACCGGGACGUCCAUACAAAUGUAAUCUCUGCGAGCGGCGGUUCUCCGAUAGUCAGGCAUUCGAGCGACAUACGGCAGAGUUCCAUUACGCCCAACAGCGUCAUGCCGUUGCGGUUGCCGAUGAUGCCGAGCAGCAUUUGCUGGUGUGCGACAUUUGUGGAAAGAUGUAUGUCCUUGCGGAACCGUAUGAGCAGCACGUUCGACUGCAUGAACAUGGCCAGCAACAGCAUCAGUGUAAGCUUUGCGAGCGAUCCUUUCCCCGGAACAUCUAUCUGCUAUUUCACCUGGAAACACAUGCCAGAAUACGACCGCAUCGUUGCCGCUAUUGCUCGAUCCCAUUCGCAUCACUCUAUUUGAAGAAUUUCCACGAGAAACGGCAUCCACCAGAAGGUUCCGACGUACCGGGGCUGAUGAAUGGGGAACGAGAAGCACGCGUACAGGCAGUAGUAUCUCGACGUUGUCCACUUUGCUUAACGACGUGUCGGACGAAACAGCGCCUUCUUGCGCACAUCGAAACCUUCCACCCUGCCGACACGCGUAUCCAACUGCUCCAGUGUUCGUUUCGCGAUUGCCGGCUAAGGUUUCUAGAUCUGGGCGAGUUUCAAAGUCACAUUACCGAUCAUCACGUUGACGAUCGCUUCCCCUGUACGCACUGUGCUCGUGUUUUCAAAAGGCAACGGCUUCUCACAACUCAUCUCACUACGGCGCACGGUAUAGAAGGGCUCGACGCAACCGUAGCAUCACGGCCACGAUGCAGCUUCCGAUGUGUUAGCUGCGCCAAAACUUUCCGAACCGAUCGAACGUACCAAUUGCAUCUAGUAACAGUGCAUUCCCAGAACGAACCUGGCAUGAACGAUAGUUAGUAAACUGCUAGAGGGGUGUAAAAAGAUGAUUAAAGAUAACUGUGACUGUUAGAUUGAUUACCUAUGACAAUGGUAAAAUUAUAUGUGUAUUAAUGGGAUCUGAUAGCAUAUUAUUUAUUCGUGGAUUUAGACUAGAGGCCUUUAUAG